AUGGAAAAAAGAGGAGGCUCUUGCAUUCUCUUAAGAAAUAAUAUUAAUUUUAUGCCCGUCUCUGUAACAAAUUCCAAAAGUUAUGAAUUUGAAAGUUGCGCGGUUGAACUUAUUGACUAUAAUUUAAUUAUUAUUUGUAUAUAUAGAACACCUACAGCAUCAGCUCAUAUUUUUAUACAAGAACUUAAUAAAUUACUAAAAAAAAUUACUAGAGGCAUAAAAAAACAAAUAAUUGUGUGCGGUGACUGGAAUAUGGAUAUAAUGAAACAAACUAAAUACUCAAAAGAAUUAUUGUCCAUUUUAGCGAAUUAUAACUUAGUUAAUCACAUUACCACACCAACUAGAAAAUUGACAUGUAUUGAUUUAAUAGCCAGUAAUUUAUUAUCAGUUGUAGCGAAACAAUUUUGUUUAGGCCUCUCUGACCACGAACAUGCACAGGUUAUAACUGCAUCAGUUAGGGUUAAAGGCAAGAAACGUAACGUAAAUGAUUUUUGGUAUGAAAAGAGGAGAGAUCUGGGUAGUGAAAAUAUUAAAAAAUUCAUAGAAGCCAUGUCAUCUUUAACUUUUAACGAAAUUUACGAGGAACAGGAUACAGAAAAAGCAUUUAAUAAAUUUUAUGAAUUAGUUAUUCUUUUUUACGACUUAUGCUUCCCAAUUAUCACAGUGAGAAUAUCAAAUAAAGCCAUUAAACAUAAAUGGAUGACAAGGACCAUUAAACGGUGUUGUAUACAAAAACGUUGUCUCUAUCUAAAAUAUCACCUUUCAAAGUCUAAACUGUUAAAAAAUAUGAAUAAAGUUAAAUAUCGUAAUUAUUCUUCGAUAUUAAAAAAAUGUAUAGUGUACGCUCAGCGAAUAGUUAACCACAGUAAGCUUCAAAAAUCUAAAAAUAUAUGUAAAUCUGCUUGGCAAAUAAUUAAGGAUAAUUUCAACUAUAAAAAUAAUAAUAAUAACAAUUUAUCAGAGAUCAAAUAUAAUAAUAAUACAUACACGAAACCAAAAAUUAUAUGUGAAAAAUUCAAUGACUUUUAUAUUAAUUUAACAAAUGGUUCUAAUAAAUCAAAUAAAGGUAAUCAUAAUGUUGAAAUACCAUUUAAUUCUAAAACUAUAUUUUUGUCUCCUGUUAAUCCCCAAGAUAUUUAUAAAAUCAUAAAAUCAUUAAAGAAUACGGCAUCUACCGGAUAUGACAAUAUCAGCACUAGGGUUUUGAAGGACGCUGCUCUGGUACUAGCUUCUCCGUUAUGCCACAUUGUAAAUUUGACACUUGUCCAAGGGCAUUAUCCUACACGACUGAAAUUCUCAAUAGUCAAACCACUUUACAAAAAGGGAGAUAAAAAGGACAUAAGUAACUAUCGACCAGUCACUUUAGUGCCUAUAUUAUCUAAAAUUUUAGAAAGAGUCAUGUUUAAUAACGUCAAAAUAUAAAGAGUGAAGUACAAGGCGCACUAAUGGAUGUGGUA